AUGUGUGCGAACGUGUCGUGUUUGGUGCGCGUUACCAGUAUGAUGUCACGGUGUGCGAAACGUUGUACGCCUCGAAUGCCACGGAUUAGUCACCGGAUACGUGGUGGGAUGGUAUGCACCGCUUCCUACAGCACGGACGCCCUACACCGCCAGCAGCCUGCACGAAUCGGUGGAAGAAAUGGAUACAACGAUGCAACGAGCUUCUUCGCGGGAAGUGGUACCCGGUCGCGGUCGUAUACGCAGGCAGCCUCAACCCUAACCCGGGAACAGCUGCACGAUCUGGUGUACAGGUUAAAUGAGGAUGAAAGAGAAUUGCUCAUGAACACGCUGAAGCAGUUCGAGUCCAACAAAGUGAAGGCAAAGUUUGAAGGGCAGUUGGCAGCAACCGUUUGGCGAAGUAGAUUCGGUCGUCCAGCAAAACUAAAACCUGCCCUGGGAGAUGUAGAUCCUACCGGUUCCUACUGCGCGGUGCCGGAAGAUUGGCUGCAAAAAAAGUUCGCCGAAACCGUACCAGUGCCCGCCACAUCGGACCUCAUGAAACUCGGAUUGGUGAAUGCGCUUCCUUUCAUUGGAUUUGGUUUCCUCGAUAACUUCACCAUGAUUAUUGCGGGAGACUACAUUGAGCAUACGCUCGGAUUAUUUAUGUGCAUAUCGACGAUGGCAGCGGCAGCGCUAGGGAAUACCAUCAGCGACGUAAUAGGCAUCGGAUCUGCAUUUUACGUGGAGAAGCUUGCCGAAAUGAGCGGCGUGAAACCACCGAAGCUUUCGCCCAUCCAGCUGGAGAUGAAAACCAGCCGAAGGGCGGCCAACUUGGGGCGCGUGCUUGGUAUUACGAUCGGCUGCCUGCUGGGAAUGUGCCCUCUAUUAUUCAUGAAGGAAGAUAAGGAUAAGGAUAAGGACAAGGAAAAGGACAAAGCCAAGGCACCGAGCACGGUGGCGAACGUUGCCGUGGAGUAG